AUGUCGAAUUUGAUGCACAAGGUCAAGGAUGCACUCACUGGCCACAAUGAGCACAAAGGGUCCUCCCAUGAUUCGUCUGACCAGAAUAUUGAACAUAACCGGGGCCAGUACAACUCGUCUGCCAUGGGCUCCGAGGCUCGUGAUACAUAUGGUACCAAUCCCCAAGAUAGCAGUAUUCAUAAUCCCAGAAUGAGUACGGACAACAAUAUGAACACCGGUAGAAGUGCCACUAGAAAUACCGAGGACUACGGCUCUGGUGGAUACAGUGCUGGUGGUUUCCCCGACUCUAAGAAGAGUGAUUUGAAAGACACAUUGGGCUCGAACACGAUGGGCACCACAGGAAACCAUGGAUCUGGUAGAUAUCAGACUGGCACUAGUGGUAUGGAUGCCAUGCGAGAUACUGCUAAUGCGUACGGCUCGAGCACCACGGGCACUACUGGUGCUACGGGUAGCCACGAUGCCAGUGGCUCUAAUACCGAAGCUUAUCGUGAUUACACGAGAGAUACGAGCGGGCUUGCCUCAUCUGAUAGACCUUCUGGGGGCUAUGAUUCGGGCAUGGGUACUGGGAACUCCAAACCCGAUGCCACAACUUAUAACUCUAGCUACGCUGGAGGGUAUGGCUCUAGCGAACUGAAUACCGGUCAAAUGCCAGUGGAUGCCUCCACCUCAGGGUAUGGAGCUUCCGGUAUGGGUGAUAGGACCAAUGACACCAACCUCGGCGGUAGCCACGGCUACAACACUCGCAGCAAUGCCGGAUCCAAUAUGGCUAACCAGAUGGAGUCUCGCGGCGAAUCUGAGCUCAACAACCGUACCGACCAGCAGGGAUUCGGUGGCACUGCCGCCGCCGGGGUAGCAGCUCUAACACCCAGAGAAGAAGAUCUUCCGGACCACACAGCUCUAAUCUUCUGA